GCAGCCCUGCCGAACCCCGAUCCGGCGCAAGACUCGGCCAGCGCGGCCCUCGUCAACGAGCAUGCUCCCUACAUGGUGGCCACGUACGCCCGGCCGCCGCCCGUGUUUGUGCAGGGCGAGGGGUCGUGGCUGUGGGACAUUGAGAAUCGCAGGUAUCUCGAUUUCACGGCGGGCAUUGCGGUGACGUCGCUGGGACACUGCGAUGCCGAGUUUGCGGACAUAAUCGCCAAGCAGGCCAAAACACUCGUCCACGCCUCGAACCUGUACUACAACCCCUGGACCGGCGCCCUGUCCAAGCUGCUGGUCGAAAAGACGCUCGAGGCCGGCUGCAUGCACGAGGCGUCCAAGGUCUUCAUCUGCAACUCGGGCACCGAGGCCAACGAGGCCGCCAUCAAGUUCGCCCGCAAGGUCGGCAACAUCGUCGACCCUUCGGGCGAGAAAGUCGACGUCGUCUCCUUCAACCAGGCCUUCCACGGGCGCACCAUGGGCGCGCUGUCGGCGACGCACAACCCAAAGUACCAGAAGCCGUUUGCGCCCAUGGUCCCCGGCUUCAAGCAGGGCACGUACAACGACGUCGCGGGCAUCGACGCGCUCGUGGACGAAAAGACGUGCGGCGUCAUUGUCGAGCCGAUCCAGGGCGAGGGCGGCAUCCACGCCGGCAGCGAGGAGUUCAUGGUCGCGCUGGCGAAGCGCUGCCGCGAGGUCGGCGCCGUGCUCAUCUAUGACGAGAUCCAGUCGGGCCUCUCCCGGACGGGCGACCUCUGGGCGCACGGCAGCCUCCCCAAGGAGGCCCACCCGGACAUUCUGACGACGGCCAAGGCGCUCGGCAACGGGUUCCCCGUCGCGGCCGUGCUCGUCACCGAGGCCGUUGCCGAAAAGAUUAAGCUGGGUGACCACGGGACGACGUUUGGCGGCAACCCGCUCGCCUGCCGGCUGGCGCACUACGUCGUCUCGCGGCUGUCGUCCAAGGAGAUCCGCGACGGCGUGGCGGCCAAGAGCAAGGUCUUCAUGGACCGCUUCGCCAAGCUGAGGCAAAAGUUCCCGGAGCUCAUCACGGAGGCGCGCGGCCGCGGACUGAUCCUGGGCCUGCAGCUGACGGAGGAUCCGGCGGCGAUUGUGACGGCGGCGCGGGAGAGGGGCCUGCUGGUGAUUACGGCGGGGACGAACACGCUGCGGUUCCUGCCGAGCCUGGUGAUGACGGAGGAGGAGAUUGGGCAGGGGCUGGAUAUCCUGGAGGAGGCGAUUGUUGCUACGCGCAAGUAA